AAGAAAGAGGGAAAAGCAAUUUAAGAAAGAGGGAGGGAGAAGGAAACGAUGAAUAAUCUGAUUUGUGUUUCCCGGAAAACAGGGAAGAAUCCAAACACCCCAACUUCUCUCUCGUCUCACAAAAAACCAGAAAUUUCUUAAAUACCUUUCUUUUGUUUUUGUUUCUUUUUGGUGUUUUUAUUAUGAUAUGCAAAUGGAGAUGGAGAUGCAAAGGGAAUGGCUGAAUGAAAAUUGUAAGCAGAGUCAAUUUUGCAAUGAUUUUGAUCAUGGAGAAUGGGAGGAGCUACAUCUUCCCGCCGUAAGCUGUAAUGGCGAUGGUCCUCGUUACAAAAAAAAUUCUCUUCUUGUCUCCACCACAAAUGUUUACCCAUUCCCCUUUUCAUCUUCAUCAACCACAACCACCGCUUCUUCUGGUGGUUUUAGCUUCAUUCAACAUCCUGUUUCCAGGUUGGAUACUCUCGCCGGCAUCGCCAUCAAGUAUGGUGUUGAGAUCAGUGACAUUAGAAAAAUUAAUGGCCUGGUCACGGAUCUUCAAAUGUUUGCUCUUAAGUCACUCCAGAUUCCACUACCUGGAAGGCAUCCACCCUCUCCUGGUGUAUCAAAUAGUGGUGAUACCACAAGGUUUUGCAGACAGAAUAGUUCUCAGCAGACCUCACCCUGCAGUGAUCUCAUCAACUCUUUUCAAUCUUCAAGACUCCAGUCUCCACAGGUGAAAGUUUCCCCAGCCAUGAGUUCUUUGCAGGGGUAUUAUGGAAUCAAGUCAGUAACAGAUCCAAAGAUUCCUCAAGGUUCUGAAAGGGAUGUCUAUAGCAAAGGUUUUUCUGAUGUUAAAUACCUUACACCCUUGCCAGUUUCUGGUACACCUUUGAACCGUAAUCGGAAAUCCAAGAGCGUCGUCAUCAAUGGCUUUCUUGAUGAGAAUAAUGGGCUCGCUGAUAGCCAACUCAGUUCUGAGGUGAGGGAAUCUGACGUGGAGAAAUGGAAUGAGAAAUUGGUCAGAUCGUGUUGCAGCCAACCUGAAACGCUGAUGCAGGAGGAUAGCAAUGGGGGUGUAAGCUCAGCAAUCACAGGAAAGAGCUUAGCUCUGAGAUCCAACGCAGCCAGUCGAACUGUAUGUACAGCUGAUGCCGAAACAACCGGUCUCGCCCCUGUACCGGUGAACUCUGUUGAUAUAGGUGGAUAUUCUGGUGUAAGAAAGUCAUCAAGCACAUCAAAUUUGCAUGAUCAGGACAGUAGCAUUUCUUCCAUCUGGGAAACAUCCAAGUGGAGUUUGAAGCAAGAUUUACAGUCACUUUCGGUUGCUGCCAUUGGAAGACCAAUCUUCGAUGGACUUCCAAAACCAGGAACUGGUCGAAGAAACAAAGCAGCAAUUGAUUAGCUUGAUUCAUUAUAUUUGAACCCGUUGUUGAUUGUGAUCCCCAUUUAUAGUAAGUUUAUUCACAGCUAUUUUCAGGGGUUAAUCAGUUCCUCAAAUAUUUUACUACGCCAAGAAAACACAAUGGCGAGAAUCGGUGGUUUACACGAUAGGAGGUAGCUUUCUCCCUUGAGAUUCUAUGUAAUAUUUUUAAAAAUUUGAGAUUGUGUUAAAAAAAUAAAGAUGAGAGACUGAAAUAUAGCAAGUUCUAUGGGUAAAAUUACCCGAAAGUAUAUAGAAGAUUGAUUGGGAUUAUAUGUUAACAGGUCACCAACCAGUUUAAAUCAAAUAUUUUUCUAUAA